AUGGACCCAGUCGGUAUUGCAGGUUUGACAAUCGCGGUUCUCGACCAGCUCUGGAAGAUUGGAAAUGGAACGGCAGAGUUGAUUUCCAACUAUCGCGAUUUUGACAACGACACGAAAGCGCUCGAGGACAAGAUUCGGGAUGAGAACAACCGGACUAAAGCCUUGAGAAUGCUACUGCUCGACCCCUGUAGCACAUAUGGCGGCGAAUCGCUCUUCGAACAGUUUGACGUUGACGUGCAAGAGCAGAUCCACAUCUUUCUCGAACAAGCAUCGGAUGUCCUGGAUCAAGCGCACCAACUUAUGCACCGUCGUCAGAGGACCGAGGGUUAUGAAUCAACGCAUCAACUAAGGCUUCCAUUAAUGACGACCAAGUUACCGAGGUCUAGCGUCGCUUCGCCGACGUCGUAUCCGUCAGUUUCGAGACGUCCAAGGUCGUUGGAGCGGAUACGGUGGUCUCUGCUCGACAAGAAACGAGUGGAAACCAUAGUCGCCGAGUUCAGCGAGCUCAACUGCCGCAUUCACGAGAGCAUCAAGCUUUGGUGUCUCGGAACAUCGAUAGGCGUCGACCUACGGCACUUGAGACACCUUGAAAAAAACCAUAACUCCCAGAUUCUGGGCUUUGACGUUGACGCUCGUCUGCAAAUCGCCACAAGCCAGGCCGCAGAACACGCCAUGAGCCUCGAAGUAAGCCGGUCAGUGCUGAUCGAGUCGUCCGAGAUUCAUAGAGUCGGAGACAAAUUCGGCAUCAUACGCGGGGACGGGCAAGCCGUCCUGCUCGAAUAUCGUUCCUAUUCCCCCGAGGCACCCGUGCCUGUCGAACUAGAUGAUCGAACUCGAGAUCUCAUCGACAAGUUGGCGAAUCUUCUGCAUCAGCCAAAGGAAAUCGUCUUCCGGACACCGAACUGUGUGGGCUGGUUCCGAGAGGCAAAAGAAAAUAAGGUCGCCUACAUUUUCAACGUUCCGGAAGGGUUCGAUCCUUCGCCCAUCAGCCUAUUGGAUGUCCUGAAAUCAAAGGAUCCCCCGGCGCCAUCUCUCAGCCAGAGAUUCUGGCUGGCCCUGAGGCUUUCGAAAUGCAUCUCGCAGCUUCAGUUAGUGAAAUGGGUGCACGAGAGCUUUCGCAGCGAGAAUAUCCUCUUCUUCCCAAGCAUGAACAAGGACCAAGCCGGCGCUUCAUCAGCUCGGGUCCUUGACUUCUCAGAACCAUGGGUUCUCGGAUUUGAAUUCAGCCGGCCAGAAACAUACUUCUCGCACGGGCACGCCGACACUUGCUUGACCCGGGAUGUGUACCGUCACCCGGACAGACAGCAGAGACCAACGCAGUUGUUCAGCAAAAUCCACGACAUUUACGCUCUCGGCGUUGUGCUUCUCGAAAUAGGCCUCUGGCAACCUGCGCUAAGUCUCGACAAGGAUGGCUUUGCCUCGGCGCAGAACCCGCAGAGCAUAAAGAAACAUCUCUUACGACACGCCGAAAAGAGGCUUGGAGUCAAGAUGGGGACCAAAUACCAAGGCGCUGUCAUCAAGUGCCUCACUGGUGAUUUCGACGUAAAGGAUGAUAACAAGGAGGACUUGAAGUUGCAGCAGGCGUUUAGGUCGGAUGUUGUGGAUGUGCUACAACGAGCUGCCGAUAGUAUCUGA